UUUGGAGGAUCUGCUGUCGUAAAAGAAUAUAUAUUUGGAUUAAAUGAUUAUUCCAAAGCAACAUUUUUCCAAAAUUUCUGUGCUUCAAUUGGUGGGGCUACCGCCUCUAUUUCUGUGGCUCAACCACUUGAUGUGGUAAAAACCCGUAUUCAAAAUAGACCUUUUGAUGCACCCGAAGGUGGUGUACAAAUUAUUAAGAAUAUGAUUAAAAAAGAAGGUCCUUCAUCGUUUUUUAAGGGUAUAACACCCAAGUUAAUAGUAGUUGGACCUAAAUUGGUAUUCUCUUUCACCGUGGCUCAACAAUUGAUUCCUAUAUUAGAUAGAUUCAUCUCUCAAAGAUCUUCUCAAUCAGCUCAGUCUCUUGCUGCCAAAGGAUUAUAA